UGAUGUAUAAAGUUAUAGACAACUUGUUCAUUUCGGACGUCGGAAGUGCUCAAAAUGAGCUCCUUUUGACUGAAGUGAAUUCAAUAAAAGCUGUUCUUUCAAUUAUGAGUUUCAAUCUCCCCCUCAAAUUGGAUCACAUUGUGUAUAAACAUAUCGAACUAAUGGACAUGGAAUCAGAAGAUAUUCUGUCCCACUUCGAAGAAAGUUUCACUUACAUCAACUCAUUUCGGACCAAAACUCCUCCCGAAUCAGUUCUAAUUCACUGUCAAGCGGGACGAAGUAGAAGUGCAACAAUAUGUGCUGCCUAUCUGAUGAAAAGUUCAAAUAUGACGUCUUCUGAAGCCAUAGAAGUACUGGACAAAGCAGUUCCAAAAGGAGUUUACCCGAAUGAGGGAUUUCUCGAACAGCUGAAAAUGUAUCAAGAAAUGGGAAAUAAAAUUGAUAGAGAUAGUCAGAUUUUAAAACAGUUUCUGCUGAAGAAAUUCGCAGCAAACAUGGAUAACUUGGCCAAACUAGAUGACAAUGUUUGGGCACCUGACCCUCUGUAUGACCCUAACAAAGGGACGACAAUGUCAUCAUCCUCUCUGACAUCUGCUGUUGAUUGUGGCGACAGGACGAAGAGCGUGAACAACGAUGUGUACAAGUGUAAAAAGUGUAGAAGAGAUCUUUUCUUUUCCUCCAGUCUUCUUUUUCACAACAAAGAUGUUGGUGCAACUGGAGAUGUAUUCAAGCGAAGGAAAGGAACAAACACGACUUGUAAGAACCAAUCACAAGGGACCAUCUGUUCAAGUUAUUUUGUGGAACCUGUUAAAUGGAUGGAAAUUCUCAUUCUGGGAGUACUCGAUGGUAAACUAUGCUGUCCAAAGUGUCGUUCUAAGCUGGGCAACUUCAAUUGGAGUGGGGCUCAAUGCAGCUGUGGAGUGUGGGUUUGUCCAUCCUUCCAACUACACAAAAACGCCAUAGACUUCUCACCACAAACUUGAACUUGAAUUAAUCUUUUUACCUUAUUUAAUAUCCUUCCAAAAAGUCUGCAAUGAGUUUCUUUACCCGCACUGACAAAACAGGUUUCGGAUGGAUUUUGAAUUGAUUUAAAUCAACCCAAAUCGAUUAACAAUAUACAUUUUACGAACCUAAAUGAAUUU